AGCAUCACAUCACAUCAGUUUGACAGUAGCAACCGCUACCCAACGAGUGAUAUAAAUACGGGUACACUUGUCGCAAAAUAUUCUUUCUCAUCUCAAACUCUGUACCAGAAAGAUCAAAUAAAUCAAGUGAAUUGUUGCCACGAGUUUUUUUCCCUGCAGUGUCGAGCCGACCCCAACCAAAGCCUUUCUCAAGGCUCAGAGUAAUAGUAAAGUUUUCCACCGUUCUCCCGCUUCACCACUCACCGUUGCAGUCUGAGUUGCUGCCCCACCGUUGGGAAUUCCCCGCCUCACCAACAAGUUGAUACAGCAUCAGUCGCUGUCCCACCGCCGGGAAUUCUCCCCCGAUACCGUCGCGUCAAGACGAGGAUCCGUGAUCGGACAACGGAAGGUCCGUAGCGGACAUCUUUUGGUCCUUCGAACCGGAUUACGCUCACCUGCAGUAGAGAGACUCGCUUGGCAAUUGUGUAGUGAACAAUAAGAAGAAGCACAAUUUGUUGUGCACAAAGUGGUGUUCAAAAAGAACAAAAAGAGCACAUUGUGUACAGUGAACAAUACGACAAAGAACAAUAUAACAAAGAACAGUGAACAAAAGGCAAUAGAGUGACAUGAACAAUACAUUGAUAAAACAAUAGUCAGCAAAGAAAGUGAUAAAAGUAUACAGUGACGAACAAUAAAACGUAUCCCAAUAGACGAACCACAAAAAACCAAAGAAAUAAAAUCAUUUAAAACGUUUGUGUGUGAAAUAGUUGCAGCAGCACCCGCAGAACAAAUCAACGUUUCUUCUACACGGCAGCUUCAUCGUUCCGGAACAAGUGGCGUGGCUUGGGUGUGCCAGCACGAAUAUUUUGUACCAGACGUUUGUAUCCAACCGCAUCGCAGAGGUACAGCGUCUCACCGAAGGUCAUCCUUGGAAUCACGUUCCCGGACUGGAUAACCCAGCAGACAUAAUCUCCAGAGGCAUCAGUUCCAGCGAUUUGUUCCGCACAACCUUGUGGUGGAAAGGUCCACCUUGGCUAACAUCCGAAGCAGAUGAGUGGCCGAGCAUGUCCAUUCCUUGCCAUCCAGUGUCAACCGACAUCCUUGAGGAGAAAUCCAUCGAGAAGACAGCAGCGAUUGCCCACCAAUUACUCGUCGAUCAAACGCUAUUCCAACGCUACUCAUCUCUCACCAAGCUGGUGCGAAUAGCAGCAUGGUGUCGCCGAUUCGUACAGCAAUGCAAAUCGAAGAAUCAGGGGAAGCCACUGAACUCAACACGUUACAUAACUGCUGAAGAAUUUCACCAAGCUCUCAUGGGCCUCGUUCAAGUUGUCCAGAGAAAAAACUUCAGUAGUGAAAUAAGCUCAAUUUGCGCUGGCAGAAGCGCUGAUCUCAAGCGGUCAUCCCUCCGAAGAUUGAACCCGUUUUUUCAAGAUGGUAUACUCCGCGUCGGUGGCCGGUUGAGCCACUCACUCCACACCUUCGAGAAGAAACAUCCAGUCGUCCCACCAGCUGACCAUCCUUUCACCGCGCUCCUGAUCGCAUCCGCACACAAGCAGUUACUCCACGCUGGCCCUCGAUUGAUGAUGGCACACAUCCGAGAGCGUUUCUGGCCGCUCAAUCUCCGUAACCUGGCACGGAAGGUUGUACGAACGUGCAUACAAUGCUUCCGCACCAAACCUGAACUACAACAACAGCUGAUGGGUCAGCUUCCGAGUGUACGGGUGACACAAUCCCGUGCAUUUCUCAACACCGGCGUCGAUUUCCGUGGUCCAAUCCAUUUGAAGCCCCCAGGCAGAAGAAGCAGAGCAAGUCCCCUGAUCAAAUCGUACAUUGCACUGUUCGUUUGCAUGACAACAAAAGCAAUUCACAUCGAGAUGGUCAGCGACCUCACCACCGAAGGAUUCAUCGCAGCGUUGAAGCGGUUCGUAGCUCGACGUGGAAGACCACGAACCAUAUUCUGUGACAACACUACCAACUUCACCGGAGCCGAGAAGGAGUUGAAAACUCUUCUCAGGCAGUUCAACGAUCAACAACAUCAGCACACAGUAACUUCACUAUGCGCCGAAAUCGGUAUACAAUUUAAUUUCAUCCCGGCUCGCGCUCCCACGUUUGGAGGUCUGUGGGAGGCGGCGGUAAAAUCAUUAAAGCACCAUCUACGAAGAGUUGUCGGCUUAAAAGCUCUUACCGCCGAAGCAAUGCAAACGGUUUUGACCCAAAUUGAGAGUUGUCUCAAUUCCCGACCUCUGACUGCCCUGUCUGAAGACCCCAAUGACUUGGUAGUCCUCAUUCCUGGACACUUUCUGGUCGGAUCAGCACUCCAAUCAAUCCCGGAGCCCGACCUGGCCGAAGUUCCAGUAAACCGAUUAUCCCUAUGGCAAGCGAUGUAGAGAAAGUUACAACUAUUCUGGAAGCUCUGGUCCACUGAUUAUCUCCAGCAACUCCAGCAGCGUACAAAGCAUUUGAUUCGUCAACCGAAUGUCUUAGCUGGCCAGCUAGUUCUGUUGAAAGACGACAAUUUGUCCCCACUAAAAUGGAUUGUGGGACGCAUCAUCUCGACGCAUCCUGGCACCGAUGGUAUAGUACGCGUCGUGAAAGUCAAGACAUCAUCUGGUGCAGUAUUCGACAGGCCUGUUGUGAAGGUCUGCAUUCUCCCCUGCAACGAGCCAGCUGCAGCUAACCAAACCCAUACCAUGGAGAAGACACCGACCGACAGCUCCCCACACGUUCCUCCAGCUAAGGUUCCUGAAUGGAAUCAAGAUCCCAUUGGUGGCCGGUAUGUUGCGUCCAACGCAAUAUGGGUGGAGUCAACAAGCCGAGAUCAGCAGCAUCACAUCACAUCAGUUUGACAGUAGCAACCGCUACCCAACGAGUGAUAUAAAUACGGGUACA